UCAAAUUCCACUUUAUGCAUAAGAAGUCAAUACAUCAAAGCAUAUUUGGGAAAAAAGCCUAGAGAAAUAGCUAAAUAUUGGGUUGCUUUUUCAGUUUUAGUACCUCCUCUAGGUUUCAGCACUUAUAUUGUAGCAACUACUAAAGAGACAGAAGGCCGUAGCCCUACCAUCUCAACCAUGAAUACCUAUGAAGCAAGUGAAAACAAUACCAUUGAAGUUGGCCAAGGAAGUUUAAAGCUUCUUUACUCAGCAGAUGAAGGAAAACUUACUCGUUAUGUUAAUACCAGAAAUUCGGUUACGGCCUUUGCUGAGAAAUCCUAUGGUUAUUACUCGGGAAAUGAUGGAACUGAUAAAGAUCCUCAGGCUUCUGGGGCAUAUGUUUUUCGUCCAAAUGGUACAUUCUCCAUAAAAUCUGAAAACCAGACUCCUUUAACUGUUGUGCGGGGUCCCCUGUUGGAUGAAGUAUAUCAACAGCUACAUUUUUCAGGUAAAUGAAGUCUUUCCAUGAUCUCUACUGCCUGGGA